AUGGAUUUUACACAUGAUGCACCCAAAGGAAUUCGAAAUUUGAUUCGGAAUCUUCUCAUAGUGUCCAAGCACUCCAGAAAAGGAGCCAAAGUAGAAGAUGACUUCUUCCACAGUUUUCUGCCGAGACUUUUGUCGGAUUCUAUGAUCACUGGAGUUCCGCAGAUUGUUGCCGCUGACCAUAUUGUGAAGAAACUUAUACGUGCUGCUGUGUUCGUCGCAUGCAUGGUUGGUUUUGUUUACCAGUCACUAGAAUUUAUGGAAAUUUAUUGGAGAUAUGAAACUGUUGUAGAUGUGAAAGUAGCAAAUGAUAGAGGAACCGAGAUUCCAGGUUUCACUGUAUGCAAUUACAUUGGAUUGCUUGCAAGCGAAAUAUGUCGUCAACCGCAAUAUCGGAGCAAGUGUCAUUUAUUACUGCAGCAUCCAGAACAAACAGAUACAAGCAUGGAUUUCUGUGAUUGUUUUCCGAAAAGAUGGUGUGUUGAUGGUAUUCUGCAAAACUAUUCGUUUCCCGAGCGAAGAGUUUACGAUGAAAUCAGUCUUCUAGAUAACGAGGAAUUAAUAGAUCAUUUUCUUCAAACUGAAAAACAAUUUCUCUCAUCAUGUCGACUUGCAUAUGUGGAUGAAGGAGAUUAUAAUGAGGACUGCAAUAAAUUGCCAUCACUCCAAAUACGGUGCCCCCAUUCGGAAACCUCAAUCGUCAAUUUCUGCUACACUGUGAAUUCUCUGAUUGGUAGACCUCUGAUGAAACCUCAUUCCACCACAUCCACAGCCACAUUUACUUUGGACCUCAAUCCAAUUCGAUCCAAUUAUCCCUUGUUUAUUCCUGCUGUGAAAGCACAAAUUGCAAUCCAUAAUCCUCGGGAAGUUGCCAAUCCAUACGAUCAAGGAUAUACUAUACCAGAUGGCACAAGGCAAGACAUCCGUAUUAAAAAGGUAGUAAAGCGUCUUCUACCUCCUCCUUAUGAUACGCAAUGUGUAGACUAUAUGAAAUCAUGGUACGCAAGAGGAGGACAUGGCCCAUUAAAUAAUAAAGAAUGCAUGCAAGAAUGCCAAAGAAAUAUCAGUUUAAAAGAAUUUGGAUGUCUCCCUGAAUUGUUUUUCUUGAUUCCAGGAAACGAGGAAAGAUGUGAUUCAACAAAAAUAGUUUCUCCACAAAUGAAAGACAGAAUUAAUGAAUGUGAAGCUAGAUACUGUGGCUCAGCCUGCUAUGAAGAGUUUUAUGAAGUCGUCAGGGAUCAGAGCAUAACCGCUGGGAAAGAAUGUAUUCAAACGGAAGAAAAUCAGUAA